AUGAGUGUUGACGCGGUGCGUAAGAGGAAAAAUCGUUCCAAGGCAUCGGCUGGCAAGGAAGAGGGCUCGGAUUCGGGCAAAGACGAAAAUAAGAACGAAAGACUUGUUUUUGACGACGUAAGAAGGGAACCUGUUGCAAAACAAGCAGCACAAAAAGAAUGUGCUAAAAAAAUCGACGAAGAAGGUGAAAGCGAAAUUGACGCUAAGAAUGCAUUAAAAGUACACGAAAAAGUGCAUUCAACCCAAGUUUCUAACGAUAACUCGUUCAUGACGAUCAGCAUCUCGUUUGAUGUUAUUACCUUGUUGCUGUUUCUCGUGUCAUUCGUAAGUCGAAUGUGGAAGUUGUGGACCCCGAAUAACGUCGUCUUUGACGAAAUGCAUUACGGCAAAUACGUAUCGUUUUACAUGCGAAACGUUUUCUUCUUUGAUCAACAUCCGCCGCUUGGAAAACAAUUAAUUGCUGCCACAGCUUUUCUCACUGGCUACGAUGGCAACUACACUUUUGAUAAAAUUGGAGCAGAAUACACCCCGAAUGUCCCCAUUUUUGCCCUGAGAUUCGUUCCAGCGUUGUGUGGAGCCCUUUUAGCACCCAUGGUCUACAAAUUGCUGCUCCAGAUGAAAGUUUCUCGGAUCUCAGCUUCUCUUGGUGGUGCCUUGAUCAUCCUAGAUAACGCCUUGCUGACACAAUCACGCUUCAUGUUGAUGGAAUCCAUGCUCAUCUUGUUCUCCGUGAUGGGAAUUUUGUUUUUGAUGAAGUUUUUGGACGCGAAACCCUUUUAUCCGACAUGGUGGUUGACCGGAACUUGCGCUGCUUUGUUCAUUAGUUCAGCAAUUAGCGUAAAAUAUGUUGGAGUGUACGCGAUGUAUCAUGCCGUUAUUUUAAUUUGUCGUCGAUUGUGGGAUUUGUUGAAAGAUCGCACUCUUUCGGACUUUAAUUUGGGCAUGAGGACCGUAUUGACUGCGACACUUUUUGCCGUCGUUAUUGUUGGAGUGUAUCUCACGUCGUUUUAUUAUCACUUGACGUUGUUGCACAAAGCGGGACCACAUGAUUCAGUGUUGACGAGUGCUUUUCAAGCGUCGUUGGACGGAGGAUUGGCAUCGAUUACGAAAGGACAGCCAGUUAAUGUUGUUCAUGGAUCGCAAAUAACGCUGCGACACACGCAUGGAAGGACUUGUUGGUUGCACUCACAUGCUGCCGUUUAUCCCGUUAAAUAUGCAGACAAUCGAGGAAGUUCGCAUCAACAGCAAGUUACUUGUUAUUCGUUUAAGGACGUCAACAACUGGUGGAUCGUCAAAAAACCCGACAUUCCAAACUUAGUCGUUGCUGAGUUACCCGAAGAAAUCCGCGAUGGCGACGAAAUCCAACUUGUUCACGGAAUAACAUCUCGCGCCCUAAACAGUCACGAUGUCGCCGCACCCAUGUCUCCGCAAUGCCAAGAAGUCUCCUGCUACAUCGACUACAACAUUUCCAUGCCGGCGCAAAAUUUAUGGCGCGUCGAUAUCAUCAACAAGCAAGAACCCCGUGAAAUUUGGCAUGCAAUCACAUCGCAAGUGCGUCUCAUUCACGUCACAACUGGCUUGGCAUUGCGUUUCAGUGGCAAACAACUACCCGACUGGGGCUUCAAUCAACACGAAAUUGUCGCUGACAAGAUAAUCGAUCAACCUGACACCGUUUGGAAUGUCGAGGAGCACCGCUACACAAAAGGCACGGAGAUUGCAUCACAAAUCGCGAAGGAAGAAAUGAUUCCGAUGGCUCCCACACGACUCACCUUCACCGAAAAGUUCAUGGAAAUACAGAUGAAAAUGCUGUGGUAUGCUGAAAAAACUGGAAUAACUCACAUGUACAGCAGCGAAGUCUUUGAUUGGCCUCUCAUGAAUAAGGGGAUCGCAUAUUGGGUCGCGAAAGACUCGAAUGCGCAAAUUCAUCUCUUGGGAAAUAUCGUUAUUUGGUAUUCGGGCACUUUAUCUCUCGUGUUGUACUUUGGUUUAUUAGUUUUUUACAUCUUAAGACGAUGUCGCCAAUGUUACGACUUGACCGAAGAAGAAUUUGUCAAAUUUACACAAGCUGGCGAGGUCUUUAUGAUCGGAUAUUUGAUCAAUUUCUUGCCAUUUUUCUUCGUUGAACGGAUUCUCUUCCUGCAUUACUACCUCCCAGCAUUGACAUUCAAAAUUAUGUUGCUCACUUUCGUGAUCGAUCAUCUCCAUUCACUUCUCGCCAAAGUCCGGAAUGUUCUCUAUUGCUUCGCUUAUGACGUUUUGAUGGUUUUGUGGUUCAUCGGAGUCGUUUUCGUCUUUGUUAAGUUUAGUGUUUUGAGUUAUGGCACAACAAAGUUGUCCGAAACUGAUAUUGUUGCCCUCCGUUGGAAGGAUACUUGGGAUUUUAUUUUACAUAAAGAUUUAUCAUAAGUUUUUUUUUAUUUUAUUUUUUUCCAGAAU